AUGCCUAGUGCAGUCCGCCCACGCUCCCCUAGCCCCGUGCGCGCUUCCAAGAAGGUCAAGCCAGACGCUACGUCGUCUAUCCAGCUGCCUGCUGGUGCUGAGCGCGCUGCUCUCCACGAGAGCUACAACGCGGAGACCCCGUACAAGCACAUUGUUGUACCGGGACUUCUGAGUGACGAGCUGCUCGAGGCGGUCGUCCAGGAGACCACCACCUAUGGUGUUCGUGGAGAGGAGGGCAGCAUCCCCGGCUGGGGAUGGGAGCCUAAGGAGACGGACAUUUACAAGAUUCAGCAAACCCCUGACCUGACAUCGCUUGACCCCGAGCACCUCCCCGAGGAGUCCCUUGCAGCUCUCCCCGACGUCACCCGUCUCAAGGAGUCUCUCUACUCGCAGGAGUUCCGUGACUUUGUCCGCGACGUCACCGGCUGUGGUCCUCUGUCCGGCAAGAAGACCGAUUGCUCGGUUGGCCUCUACACGCAGGGUUCCCACCUCCUCCUCCACGACGACUCGAUCUCGACGCGCGUCAUCUCCUACAUUCUCUAUCUCCCCAACUCGCCCCUCGAUGCUCCCGAGUCUGACUUGACCAAGGUCGCCGAUAACGGCAAGUUCUCCAAGGGCUGGGACCCCAAGUGGGGUGGCUCCCUCGAACUCUUCCCCGUCGAGAACGGCGAGGAGCGCGGUCUGCCUGGACCCAAGGCCGUCAAGAGCAUCCCUGUCAAGUGGGGCCAGAUCAUCUUCUUCCAGGUCCAGCCUGGUCGCAGCUACCACUCGGUCGAGGAGGUGAUCGUCGGCGACAACAGGAAGCGUCUGGGCGUCAGUGGCUGGUUCCACCGCCCUAUCGAGGGUGAGGAGGGCUUUGGCGCGUACAACGACGAGAAGACUCGCCAGGCUACCCUCUCGUCGCUCGCCCAGAUCACCUCCGCACCCACUCUCCCCAUCGUUCCCUACACUGCCGACCCUCCCGCCGGCCUCAGCUCGGCUCACGUCAAGUUCCUGUCCCCCUUCAUCGCCCCUUCCUACCUCACCACCCAGACUCUUGAGAAGCUUGCCGGCCAGUUCGUCCCCGAGUCCCAGAUUGUCCUCCACAACUUCCUCCAUCCCGAGCUGGCGGACAAGAUCAAGGGCGAGACCGAGGCUGCCGACAAGCGCGACUAUGGCGAAUCAAAGCUCAUCCCCGCCCAGGGAUGUGGCGAGGGUGACGGUUGGGAGCUCCAGGGUCCCAGCUCGAAGCACCGCUACGUCUCGCUUACCGGUCCCUCGCAGUCGACCCCGGCGCUCCAGACCGUGAUGGACAAGCUCCUCCCCUCCGAGGCGUUCCGCGCAUGGCUCUCGGUUGUCUCGUCGCUCGCCCCCACGGGCCACCGUUCCGAGGCCCGCCGCUUUCGUCGCGGUCUCGACUACACCCUUGCUGCCGGCGAGGACCGCGCCGGUGAGGUUCGCCUUGACGCCUACCUCGGCCUGACGUGGUGGGGUGACGUCCAGUCUGGUUCCGACGAGGAGGAGGCUCUCUUCGAGCACGGCGGUUGGGAGUGCUACCUCGCUGCCCCUGAUGAGAACGAGGACCCCGAGACCUACCAGUCCGAGCUGGCCAAGCGUGCCGCCAAGGCCAAUGAGGAGGCGGGUGAAGACGAUGUUCCCAAGGAGGAGGCAGAGGCCAAGGUCGACGAGGCCAAGGAGGCCGAGCCUGAGGCUUCGGCGUCCAAGACCUCUGCUGCCGAAAAGGCCAAGGAUGUGUCCAUUUCGAUGGGCGGCGUCGAGCUUGAGUUUGACCCUGACCAGUUCUCCGACGGCGACUUUGACACCGACUCGGAAGGCGGCGACGACGGUGAGCCCCUUCUCACCCUUCCUGUUGGCUGGAACAAGCUCCUCCUCGUCCUCCGUGACCCAGGAGUCAUGCGUUUCGUCAAGUACCUCUCGGCCGCUGCUCCUGGAUCCCGUUGGGAUGUCGGUGGCGAGUGGGAGGUCGGCAUGCUGGAAGAGGAUGACGACGAAGAGGAUGUUGAGGAGGACAAGAAGGAGGCCUAG